AUGGAUGAAAACAGCAUUAACAAAGAGCUGAGGCAGAAACUGAACUUCUCCUGCUGCGAAGAAGAGAGUCGGAACAAAGAAGGGCAGGAAGCGCCCGAGGGCGGGGAGGCCCCGAGCCACACCCCGGAGAAGGCCGCCGCUCCCGGCUGGAGGGCCAGGCCCACCCCUCCCAGGACACCCCGCAGUGAAGGACGCGGGCUCCCCACCUUUCAGGAAAAAGGCCCAGUGAGCCCGGAGCCUCUGCUGUCAGGAUCCCCCAGGUGUCCUGCAACACCAGCCCAGCCGGACGACAGAAGCCAGCUGCUGUACUGUGAGAGUCCCUUCACCCCCAAAGGCCUGCCGGGCCAGUCCAUGAUUUCUUCAACAGGGAAGCUGCCCUCCCGAGGCUCUAAGCAUUUUAGGCUCACACCUGUCUCCUUCACAGAUGAAAUGACCUCAUCAGCUCUGGUUAACAUUAACCCCUUCACCCCAGAGUCCUAUAGGAAAGAGUUCCUUCAAUCCAGUGGCAAGAGGAAAAUUCCAGGAGACCUCGAGGAAGCUGAUCCAGGGCAAGGCAAGGUGGAACAAGGGCUGCCUGCCAAGAGAUGUGUUCUACGAGAAACCAACAUGACCUCCCGCUACGAAAAAGAGUUCAUGGAGGUGGAAAGGAUUGGGGUUGGGGAGUUUGGCACAGUCUACAAGUGCAUCAAGAGGCUGGAUGGAUGUGUUUAUGCCAUAAAACGCUCCACGAAAUCUUUUGCAGAAUUAUCAAAUGAGAAUUCGGCUUUGCACGAGGUUUACGCUCACGCGGUGCUGGGUCACCACCCCCACGUGGUCCGUUACUAUUCUGCGUGGGUGGAAGACGACCACAUGAUCAUUCAGAAUGAGUACUGCAAUGGUGGGAGCUUGCAGGCCGCUAUAUCUGAAAACACAAGGACCGGCGAUCACUUCGAAGAGCCGAAACUCAAAGACAUCCUUCUGCAGGUUUCCCUGGGGCUCAAGUACAUCCACAACGCCGGCAUGGUGCACCUGGACAUCAAGCCAAGUAACAUCUUCAUUUGCCAUCAGGUGCAAAGUGGCUCUCCAGUCCAAGAAGACACUGGAAAUGACGCAGAUUUGUUUCUCUCUGCUAAUGUGAUAUAUAAAAUUGGAGACCUGGGUCUUGCAACAUCGAUAAGCAACCCCAAAGUGGAAGAGGGAGACAUUUACUUCUUGGCUAAAGAGAUUUUGCAAGAGGAUUUUCAGCAUCUCCCUAAAGGAGAUAUAUUUGCCUUGGGACUGACAAUGGCGAUGGCCGCCGGAGCGGAGUCCUUACCCAGCAAUGGUGCCCUGUGGCACCACAUCCGCGAGGGCAACCUUCCACGCAUCCCUCAGGAGCUCUCGGGAGAAUUUUACAAGCUACUCAAGAACAUGAUCCACCCUGACCCCGGGGAGAGACCCUCGGCAGCAGCUCUGGCCAGAAGUCGAGUCCUCCGUCCCUCCCUGGGGAAGGCAGAAGAGCUCCAGCGGCAGCUCUACUUGGAGAGGGUGAAGACGGCCGCGCUGGAAAGGGAACUGAGAGAAGCCCAGCAGGCUCAGUACCCCCAGGACCUCCAGGAAGGCCAUAGUGACCCUGAGGUCUUGAGGACCCCCACAGGAUCAAGAAGCACCAAACGCCUGGUGGGAGGAAAGAGUGCAAAGUCUUCAAGCUUCACCUUGGGGGAGUCUUCCCCAUAAGAACUCAU